UUACAGAAUGAAGAGGAGCCUGUAGAAAAUCCCCAGGGUGCAGCUGAUGCACCACCUCCAUACAGCAGCAUUGCUGGAGACAAUGCAGCAUUUUUUGACUACAAAGAUGAGCCUGGUUUCCCCAAGCCACCAUCUUAUAAUGUGGCAACUUCCUUGCCUAGUUACGAUGAAGCUGAAAGGACUAAGGCAGAAGCCACAAUACCUCUUGUUCCUGGACGAGAUGAUGACUUUGUGGCACGGGAUGAUUUUGACGAUGCAGAUCAGCUCAGGAUAGGCAACGAUGGCAUUUUUAUGCUCACAUUCUUUAUGGCAUUCCUUUUUAACUGGAUUGGAUUCUUCUUGUCAUUCUGCUUGACCACAUCAGCUGCUGGCAGAUAUGGGGCCAUUUCUGGAUUUGGCCUGUCCCUGAUAAAGUGGAUCUUAAUUGUCCGAUUUUCUACCUACUUUCCUGGAUAUUUCGAUGGCCAGUAUUGGCUGUGGUGGGUGUUUCUGGUAUUGGGAUUCCUUCUAUUUCUCAGAGGCUUCAUUAAUUACGCAAAGGUUCGGAAGAUGCCAGACAACUUUUCCUCUCUCCCAAGAACCAGGGUUCUUUUUAUUUAUUAA